AGGGCGGUGAAGGCCCGCCUCUGGGUAGUGGAAUGACAGCCAAGAAAUCUCAGUUUUCCCUCAGAGGAAGCGAGCGUAGUUGUUUGUGUGAAAACUAGAAGAAGUCCUAGUUAGGGAGAAGGAUUGAGCCGCGCUGUCCGCACAGGCAAGGCCUAGAAGGCCCAUAUUGUGCCAGAAUAAAGCCAACAUGGCAUGGGUAAAAAUCUGGUGCAUUUUAGUCCUGAUCUCCAUCACCCAGGCGCAUAACGACUUCUACACAUCAAUUGGUCAGAUGACAGAUCUUCUAUACACAGAGAAAGAUCUGGUGACCUCGUUGAAAGACUACAUCAAAGCUGAAGAAAGGAAACUAGGAGAAAUCAAACGGUGGGCCGAAAAACUGGACCUACUUACAGAGACAGCUACAAAAGAUCCCGAAGGAUUCCUUGGCCAUCCAGUAAAUGCAUUUAAAUUGAUGAAACGAUUGAACACGGAGUGGUUGGAGCUGGAAAAUCUGGUCCUCAAAGAUAUGUCAGAUGGAUUCAUUUCUAAUCUCACCAUCCAGCGACAGUACUUCCCUAAUGAUGAUGACCAGACUGGAGCUGCCAAAGCCUUGCUGCGUCUCCAAGACACGUACAAACUAGAUGCAGACACCAUCUCUCAAGGAAACCUGCCUGGUGUGAAGCAUAAAACAUCACUCUCAGUAGAGGACUGCUUUGAGCUUGGGAAAAUAGCUUACUCAGAUGCAGAUUACUACCACACUGAACUGUGGAUGGAGCAAGCAAUGAGGCAGUUGGAUACUGGCGAGGUAUCCAAUAUAGACAAAAUCACCAUACUGGACUACCUGAGUUAUUCAGUGUACCAGCAAGGUGACCUGGAUCGGGCACUGGACCUCACAAAACAGAUGCUGAAGCUGGAUCCAGAACAUCAGCGAGCCAAUGGGAACCUUAGAUAUUUCGAGUAUAUGAAAGCUGAGGAGCAAAAAAAGGCAAAUGAAACCCAGGACUCUCAAGGAAGCAAAGUGGGGAGUACUUCAGAGACCAAGAAAGGCCGUCCAAAGGAUUACCUGCCCGAGAGACAGAAAUAUGAAAAGCUGUGUCGAGGAGAAGGUAUCAAAUUGACUCCUCGACGACAGAAAAGGCUCUUCUGCCGUUAUUCGGACGCGAGCAGAAAUCCAGCAUACAUUCUGAGGCCUGUGAAACAGCAAGAUGAAUGGGACAAACCUCGCAUCAUUCGUUUCAUUGAUAUCAUUUCCGACCAGGAAAUUGAGCGUGUGAAAGAAUUAGCAAAGCCACGGCUGAGACGAGCCACCAUUUCUAACCCAAUAACUGGAGUGCUGGAGACAGCUCAUUACAGAAUAAGCAAAAGUGCUUGGCUGUCAGGUUAUGAAGAUCCCGUAAUAAACAAAAUUAACAAGCGGAUACAAGAUCUCACGGGUCUUGAUGUUUCCACAGCAGAAGAGCUACAGGUGGCCAAUUAUGGGGUUGGGGGCCAAUAUGAACCUCAUUUUGAUUUUGGACGGAAAGAUGAACCUGAUGCUUUCAAAGAGCUGGGCACGGGGAACAGGAUUGCCACCUGGUUAUUUUACAUGAGUGAUGUCACGGCCGGAGGAGCCACUGUUUUCCCUGAAGUUGGAGCAGCUGUGUGGCCACAAAAGGGCUCAGCGGUGUUUUGGUACAAUCUCUUUGCCAGUGGAGAAGGUGACUACAGCACACGGCAUGCAGCCUGUCCAGUAUUAGUUGGAAACAAAUGGGUGUCUAACAAGUGGAUCCACGAACGUGGACAGGAAUUCCGACGAAGGUGUAACUUGUCCGAGAUGGAUUGAGGGCACACAGUGUUGGCAAAUCGACCCCUCUGUUCGUACCACCAACACUACAGCUCAGUCCUGUUUACUCUCCUAUAUUCCCCAGCACUCCUCAAGUCACCGACCUGACUUAAACAUCCUUUAGUUUUACUUGGAAGCCUGGGCAGAGAAGUUCACGUUUUAUAACCUUUUCCAGGUUUGAAUCGAGCAAGGCUGAGCUGGUUAAUGACACAAAAUAUUUCUCUAAAUCAUGUGUUUUUUACCCUCUUAGUAUUCCCAUAUAUUACACGACUCUUUUCUACCAAUUGAUUUUUAUGCAACAAUCAUGUUUUUGAAUUUACACCUCUCAGCAAGCUAUGGAAGCGAGUAUUCUCCACCCAACCAAGCCUUUCUUGGGCAUCUGUUUGCAGCGUGACACUUCUGGGAAUACUUCUGAUAAAAGUGCUUAAUGGAACUGAGUACACUCUUUGAAUGUUAUUGAUGGAAGGGCAUUGCUUCAUGUCAGCCCAAUGAAUAAAGCAUUUUCCAGAAUGCAGUUACAUUAGUGUGCAUGGAAUAAUAGUUCUCUCAAAUCAUGUAAUCCAUACAUGAUGUUGACUUUAGAAAUACAUUAUCUUCAAUGCAAGAAAAUCAUCUUAAUCUUCCCUAAACUUGGUCAUUUUCUUGAACUAAUGUUAAAAAUCAGGAUUUUUUUUUUUGAUUUACAGAUAUAAUUAAAGUAUAUCAAGUUGAUCCACUUUUUGUAAUAUAUUUGACCAUGGGUGGUGUAGACCAGAAAUACCGUUUAAUAGUGACACACUGUGCCUGAUGCACUCUGAAUGCAAUAUAGGGCACACAAUUCACUCCAACUUUUAUUCCCUUCUUGAGAAUCACAAUCACCUGUGUCUCUCCUUUUAGCCAUUAACUACUAGAUCCAGCAUCCCUGUUGAAACAUUAUAGUUGUGCCCCUAACAAUAAUCAUUCAUUAUUUCCAACACUCAAUUGGAUUUUUGGUAUCAAUUUGCUCAUCUUAGGCACCUUGGUAUUUGGCCAAAAAAAUAUGUUUGCUGUGUAUAUUGCUCAGAUAUGAUUUUUUAAAGUUUUUAAAUGUGUAUAUAUAUACAUUUCAUUUUUGCUCCAAAGUCUUGUUAAUUUACCCGGAUAAUCAUGUUUUGAAAGUAACAAUCAGUGGGUAAAAUUUUAACGUGUGCAAAAUGUCAAAAAUGAAUAUUUUUAAACUGUAAAGCUUUUGGAGUAAGAGAUAAAUGUGACAAAAUAACAUGAAUAAUCACAUGCCCAAGAGGAUCUUUUUCAUUGGAAAAGUGCUUUUUCUGUGCCAUCAGUGGGAGAAUUGUGUAUUUAUAUAUCUUUAUUUUGAAAUAAAACCUGGUCUUUUCUGUUUUAAGAUACUAUUUCCUUUAAUGUCUCAUUAUGUACUUGGCUACAAGAGUGGUUUAACUCGAUGCCCCAUCAAUUGUUCAGACACAAGUGAUUGUCAGGAUGUGAGAUAUAAACCUAUUAGAUUAAGCAGUGAGCUACAAUCACGCUCACAUUUCACUGAUAAUUUUAUAUUAAAAAAAAAUAAUGGAAAGAAUCUAUGCAACUUUAUCUAGUUUAAAUAAUCUGACUUGACCAGCUCAUGCUUGGGAACCCGUUACUACUGGGGUGAGAGACAUCGAGUCGUGUUGCCUAAAUCUCACCCCUUUACCAGCAGAAGAACCAGUGGAUAAUGUCAAUCAGGCAUCAACACACUCCCUUGUCAAGAAAAUGCUGUAUGGAGGAUUGAUACCUGCCAAGAGUUCUCUUGCCCACCUGCAAUAGUGCAAGAGUGGCCAAGUCACCUGUGCAAACAUGUAAUCUUUUCAUCAUUUUAUAAAAAUGGUUUCUCAUGCUCUCACUCCAGCACCUUUCACUUUGCACCAUUCACCCAGCUUGGGCUCCCCAGGGGAGUUUAUGAUGCAGUAGCUGUAUCAAUCCCAGUGAGUGGGGUACUUGUUGGUAUUGGAACCUGCUCUCAUGCCAAUAGCCACGACGCAUCAAACCAGAACUUGACACGAACCAUUGGAUUUAAUCAUACUUGUCAACUUCUCUACAUGAAUCAGAGAUCACUGGAAUAUGCUGUGUUUUAAUGUUAUUUUAAUAACCAUUCCCUUCCCUUAAAUUACCAGUUUAAAGAUUAGGUUUUUUUCUGAACAUGCAAAUUUGCAGAUUUUCUUAUUAACCGAGUGUUGCUCCUACACAUCUGAGUUUAGUAUUUUGACUCUAAUUUUGUUUUCCUUUCUGUUCCAAAUGUAAACUUGAACAAGAAAAUAAAGUCUCACUGUGUAAGCAGUGAUAGUUUAUCCUUUUAAA